CUGAUGUAAACUGGAAACAACAUCCAAAAAGAUCCAGCUGUCGGGUACCGAAAUUAUCCAUUACAGCCAUCAAAAUAACGGCGUCUUUAUUUUUCCAAACAGUACUAUUUUAAAGCUUUAUGAAUCCAUUAAAAGAACACCUCACAGCAACAAUUCAAGCAGGGUUAUAAUUGCAACAGAGCUUUCUGAGGUAGACUGGAGAUGAGCGGGCAAGGUCCACCUCUAGACAAGGACAUGAACGGCAUCCUGGUUUGUCAGGAGAGCUACGCCUGCGGCGGCUCCGAUGAGGCCGCGUUCGAGUGCGACGAGUGCGGCAGCCUGCAGUGCGUCCGCUGCGAGCUGGAACUCCAUCGACAGGAGCGCAUGAAGAACCACGACAGGGUCCGCAUCGCCCCGGGCCACGUCCCCUUUUGUGACUCCUGCAAGGGGGACGGGGGCCUGGUGGUGAACGGUGGCCGGCUUCGAGCAGUGGUUCGCUGCCAGGGCUGUAAGAUCAACCUGUGUCUGGACUGCCAGAAACGCACCCACAGCGGAGUGAACAAGAGGAAGCACCGUCUCACCCCAUACCCUCCGGUCAACACGGCCCAGGACAGGAGUCUGACAGCUGAGGAUGGAGAGAUGGAGGCCCUGAAGGCCAAACUGGAGAAGGUGUGCAGCUUCCUCCUGGUUGAUGAGAAGGAGGAGAUGCAGCUGAACGAUGAGGAAGACUUUGUGAGCAGACUGGGAUGCAUGCCGGAUGAGCUCCUAAAGGUGGUCUCCAUCUUUGGGAACACUGGAGAAGGGAAGUCCCAUACCCUUAACCAUACCUUCUUCCUGGGCAGGGAGGUGUUCAAGACCUCCCCAACCCAGGAGUCUUGCACGGUGGGGGUGUGGUCAGCCAUGGAUCCCAUCCACAGGGUUGUGGUCAUUGACACAGAAGGCCUGCUGGGAUCAGGAAGCAACCAGGGCCAGCGUACCCGCCUGCUCCUCAAAGUCCUGGCCAUCUCCGACCUGGUCAUCUACCGUACCCACGCCGACCGUCUCCAUGACGACCUCUUCAAGUUCCUUGGCGACGCUUCGGACGCCUACCUGAAGCACUUCACCAGGGAGCUGAAGGCCACCACGGCCCGCUGUGGACUGGACGUCCCUCUGUCCACCCUCGGGCCCGCAGUCAUCAUCUUCCACGAGACUGUUCACACCAAGCUACUGGGCUCAGACAAGCCGUCCGAGUCGGCCGAGCGUCUACUCCAGGAGCGUUUCAGGAAGCUGGGUCUCUUCCCAGAAGCCUUUAGUUCCAUCCAAUACCGUGGGACUCGAACCUACAACCCUCCUACAGACUUCAGCGGCCUGCUCCGGAGUCUGGAGCAACAGCUGGACAACAACACCACCCGCUCCCCGCGCUCUGCUAGCGUCAUAUACAAGGCCCUGCAGGCGCUGAGUGAACGCUUCAGUGGGGAUAUCCCAGACGAGCACCUGGUCAGCAACUCCUUCUUCCCAGAUGAAUACUUCACCUGCUCUAGCCUUUGCCUCAGCUGUGGGUCUGCCUGUAAGAACAGCAUGAACCACCUGAAGGAAGACGUGGAUCAUGAGGCCAAACAUCGCUGCCGUUACUCUGCACAGUAUGAUAAUCGCAUUUACACCUGCAAGGCCUGCUACGAGGGAGGGAAGGAGGUGAUCGUGGUUCCCAAGACGACAGCUUCCUCUGACUCCCCUUGGUUUGGUCUGGCCAUCUACGCCUGGUCUGGGUAUGUGAUCGAGUGUCCGAACUGUGGGGUGAUCUUCAGAAGCAGACAGUACUGGUAUGGUAACCAGGACCCAGUGGACACGGUGGUCAGGACUGAGAUCCAGCACAUAUGGCCCGGGUCUGACGGGUUCCUGAAAGACAACAAUAAUGCAGCCCAGAGGUUGCUGGAUGGGGUCAGCUACAUCUCCCAGUCUGUGUCUGAGCUGAGCGUCAAGCCUGCCAAGGCUGUUACCUCCUGGCUCACUGACCAGAUCGCUCCGGCCUAUUGGAAGCCCAACUCCCUCAUCCAGAAAUGCCACACGUGCGGGGAGGUGUUCCAGGAGAAUGACAACAAGCACCACUGCCGUGCGUGUGGGGAGGGCUUCUGUGACGGCUGCUCGUCCAAGACCCGUCCUGUCCCGGAGAGGGGCUGGGGCCUGGCCCCCGUCAGGGUCUGUGAGGCCUGCUUCCACAACAGAGGCAUCCCCACAGAGCUGCUGGACGCUGCGUUGGAGGAGGAGGGGGGUACGCUGAUAGCCAGGAGGGUUGGGGAGGCGGUUCAGAACACCCUGGGAGCAGUGGUCACAGCUAUAGACAUCCCCCUGGGCCUGGUGAAGGAUGCAGCGCGGCCCGCGUACUGGGUCCCGGACCAGGACAUCCGCUGCUGCUGCGAGUGCCAGCGUAACUUCUCCGCCCGCCUAUCCAUCCACCACUGCCGCGCGUGCGGCCAGGGCGUGUGCGACGACUGCUCCCCCGAGCGCCGCGCCGUGCCCUCCAGGGGCUGGGACCACCCUGUGCGUGUCUGCCACGCAUGCUUCCAGAAACCUGCGGAGCUCUAGCAGGAAGAGGAACGCAGCGAAGAACAGUCCUCAUGACACCAUGGACACCUGGAACCCCCCCCCCCCCCCCCCCUUCUCUGUUUUGUGGGCCUGUGUAAGCCAGUAAGAUUAGAUGGAAGUUGCCUCUAACUGCUGACACUGUCAGAUGUUAACUCACCACCAAUCUGGUUCUCUUUGUUCAGGCCUUUGGAGGCAGAUGUGACCUCUUUAGCGAAAGGCGACUUCUCACAUAUACACUAUCGUAUCCUUUUCACACAGAAGGAGAUGGGAUGACAAGGUAUGGCUGCUGGGCUGAGGGGAGGAGGAGCUUGUUUGGCCCCAGACUCCCAGUCCAGAGGGAAGACCCCUGUGUUUGGCCCCAGACUAGACUCCCAGUCCAGAGGGAAGACCCCUGUGUUUGGCCCCAGACUAGACUCCCAGUCCAGAGGGAAGACCCCUGUGUUUGGCCCCAGACUAGACUCCCAGUCCAGAGGGAAGACCCCUGUGUUUGGCCCCAGACUCCCAGUCCAGAGGGAAGACCCCUGUGUUUGGCCCCAGACUGGACUACCAGUCACCUCAGAAGGAGUGUAGGGACACUUCUCUUUUAAGCCCCUGCCCCCUUUCAUCACUUGCCUUCAUUCAUCUUAGCGUCUGUUACACAAACACAUUACGAUGGUGUCAGUAGUCAGAGCGCCCGCCGCAGGAGGGGACGAACACGCUGGGAGCAACAGCAGCCUCUUGUGGCUGUGCCUGGCUGGACGAGAGACAGCACCCGGUCUGCGGAGCGCUCAUGCAUUCCACACUACGCUUAGCAGCUAGCCUACCUGUUUACUUUCAUUCAAAUGGGUUUAAAGAAUGAUCGAGUAGCCUUUUGUUGCUGCUUGUCAAUUUAAUGUUAUUGCAUAUUCGUAUAUAAUACAUAAAUAUAUUGAGGGAGAAACAAAAGUACUAUAAUGGGAAAUUUGUGAGUU